AUGAAAUACCUCCCUAAUUCUUUAACUAAAAAUGAUUUCACUUGGUUCACAACUCUUCCUCCACACUCUGUCCAAUCAUGGAGUAAAUUGGAGAGAUUGUUCCACGAACAAUUUUAUAUGGGAAAGUCAAAAAUUAGUUUGAAAGAGUUGGCUAGUUUUAGGAGAAAAUUCCCUGAGUCGAUAGAUAACUAUUUGAAUAGAUUUAGACUUCUCAAGGCAAUGUGUUUUACACAGGUGCCUGAACAUGAGUUGGUCGAAAUGGCCGUUAGUGGCCUAGAUUAUUCAAUUAGGAAGAAAUUGGAUACCCAAUAUCUUAGGGAUAUGGCACAAUUAGUGGAUAGGGUUCGCCAGGUCGAACAUUUGAAAGCUGGAAAAUCUAGAACAAAUAAAUAUCAUAAAAAGGAAAAAGUCACUUAUAUAGAAGAAGACGAUUACAUCUCUGAUGUAGGCGAUGAUUGUUCUGAAGAGGGUGAGGUCAGCAUGGCUGAACUUAAGCCAGGACCCCCUUAUAUGUGUAAAUUGCUGAAACCAUUGAAUAGGAAAAACCCUGUCGAGACCAGCAACAAUGAUAAAUUUGCCACUAGAAUUUAUACUUUUGAUAUUACUAAAUGCGACGAAAUAUUUAAAUUGUUGGUCGCUGAUGGACAGAUAGGAUUGGUUCAAAAAGCUAUGAAAGAUGGAAGGUUACAAUUUGGCGAAAAUCCAAAGUCUUUAAUGAAAGUGGAUUCAGAUCCCAAGAAAACAGAAGAUGCCAACUAUACUAAGCCGAUGGAGAUCCUAAUGGUUGAAGCUGCUGAAGGCUCCAACUUGGAAGUAAACAAAGGCGAACAAAUCUCUGCCAUCUCUGAUUCUAAUGUACAACCAGUCUACCCCUAA